GGUGUUUUUUAUUUAAUCUAAACGGGUAUACAAAUACAUAUUUAUUUAAUUGGACUUGGUCAGAAAAACAGCUUUUCAUUUUCAUUACUAUAUUUGGCAAUAGACGGACAAAAUGACUGUAGAGGAUAUUGCCGACUAUCCGCAUCUGACAAAGAAGGAGUUUGUCAUCUGCAUGAACCAAUUUGUGGCUCGCUACGGCAGCGCAAUGGCAGCAGUAUCAGAAACAGCAAUAUCAUCAUCGUCUUCUUCUUUGGCCAACCCAGCCAGCGUGCGCAUAGUACCAGGCGUCACGACACCAUACCUGCAAAUAACAACGACAUUGCGCAGCCACCCACGCACACCCAAUAUCGUCAACAAUGACCAAAGCGACAUAGAAGACAGAGGCAACGAAAGUGACGCAGGUGAUAUUGAAGACAUUGAAGACGCUGACCCCUGUCCCUCACCUCUCACAGCGCAGUCCCUCGGCCCCACAGGCCACAUUGCCUACCACAUCGUGUACUCGGCCACUUGGCGCGUGCCCACAAUGUACCUCCGGGCCACGCAUAACGGCGCCAUGGUGCUGAGCACUUCCGAGGUCACCCGGCUUUUGGUUAGCGACCGCGAAGUGCGCGGGGCCAUAAGGGCAGUGGACUUUGGUGGCGCGCUGGGCAUCCAGGAUCACCCUGAGCUCGGCACACCCUUUAUGUGGCUGCACCCGUGCCAUACAGCCACGAUGCUUGGCGCCGUGGUAUCACCGCGGGAUGGAGUAAGCGUGGGCACGGCAGAGUACUUGGCUGCGUGGAUCAGCUUAAUCGGGCCGGCUGUUGGCUUGGCUCUGCCGUCUGUGGCUGUUUGAACAAAAGGCCAGACUUUUAUUUUUCCAAGUGUAGAUCUUGCAUGAGGGCUGAGAAACAGGUUUAU